CACACACACACACACACAGACAUACACAUACACAUACACAUUCAAAGAGAAAUAGACAGAGAGAGAGAGAGAAGCUCUAAUCCACAUGUGAGAGCAAACUGACCUCCGUAGCUGCUGCUUGGAGGAGAUUAAAGAUGAGUGAGUCAAGCUCAACCAGCUGCUGCUCAAGACUGAGGUCCUGCCCUAAGCCCAGAGGAUUUGUGUCCACUGUCAUCACCAAAGCGGUGAUGGGGGCUCUGGUGUUCGGAGUGGUCUGGUCCAUCACAGGUGCGGAGUGCCUGCCGGGGAAGAACCUGUUUGGUCUGGUCAUUCUGUUCCUGUGUGCGGUGAGUGGGGGCAAACUGGUGGGCCUCGUCCAGUUCCCAAACCUGCCCCCACUCCCACCACUGCUGGGUAUGUUACUGGCAGGUUUGGUCUUGAGGAAUGUUCCAUAUGUAACGGACGCAGUUCAUAUUGAGCAAACAUGGUCAUCUGCAUUGAGGAACAUCGCCUUGGCUAUUAUACUGACCCGUGCUGGCCUUGGACUCAACCCUGAUGCCUUACGUCGUUUAAAGGGAGUGUGUGUGAGAGUAGCUGUGGGACCCUGUACUAUUGAAGCUUGUACAGUUGCUGUGGUUUCUCACUUCCUCUUGGAGUUACCAUGGAUAUGGGGCUUCAUCCUGGGGUUUGUGCUGGCAGCAGUAUCUCCUGCAGUGGUGGUUCCCUCUAUGCUGUUGCUGCAGAAGGAGGGCUUCGGGGUACAGAAGGGUAUCCCCACACUACUCAUGGCUGCCGGCAGCUUUGACGACAUCCUGGCCAUCACCGGCUUCUCUACGUGCCUGGGCAUGGCAUUUGGCACAGGAUCCACCUGGUAUAACUUGGUGAAGGGGCUUCUGGAGGUGGUAGGGGGAAUAGUGGCUGGACUUCUGCUGGGACUCUUCAUCCAUUUCUUCCCCAGCGACGACCAGGCGGAGCUGGUGCAGCGGCGCUCCUACCUGCUGAUAGCCCUGUCUGUGUUCUCCGUGUUUGGGUGCCGGGCGGUGGGCUUCGCUGGGGCCGGCGGCCUCUCCACACUGGUGCUCGCCUUCCUCGCUGGACUCAGCUGGGGCUCCGCAAAGGUCCCAGUUGCUGCUGUGCUGGGGGUGGCCUGGGACAUCUUUCAGCCCCUCCUGUUUGGCCUGAUCGGAUCAGAGAUCAUCAUCUCCACCCUGAACCCCAGCACUGUGGGGCUGGGAGUUGCGGCGCUAAUUGUGGGUCUUGUGGUUAGGGUGUGUGUGACAUACCUCUGUGUGCUGUUUGCCGGCUUCAACCUAAAGGAGAAAAUCUUCAUCUCGCUCGCCUGGAUGCCCAAAGCCACAGUGCAGGCUGCUAUUGGCUCCACAGCUCUUGACCUGGCGCGAGCGGAGGGUGAUGUGGUGCUGGAGGGGUACGGGCUGCAGGUGCUGACCGUAGCGGUGCUGGCCAUCCUCAUCACUGCCCCCAUUGGGGCGGUGGCCAUCGGCCUCGCCGGGCCUAGACUGCUGCAGAGGUACACCACCAUGCCUGACGAGCAGACAGAGAAACCAGAAGCAUCUGCAGCUCCUGAUGGCAAAGACAACACAACCUUUGAAAGCAAACUAUAGAAGUUUAGAAGAGAGAGAGAGAGAGAGAGAGAGAGAGAGAGAGAGAGCGCUGAUGGAGGGUGCUAUGAAUAUUUAUAUUGUGACUUUCCCUGAAUUCACUAUAUCUGUAAUGAUCAAGAAAUCCAUCUGGAUUCCGUCUGAAAGCUAAGUUAUAUUCAUAUAGUCACAUAGACACUCUUGUGACAAUUUUCCUCAAACAACUUACAAUAUUUGAAAGACAUCUGAAACAUUACUUUUGAUAAAUGCUCUGAUUAAAGAACGCAAAAUAUUGUUG